GGAAGGCGAUCGCGGGCGCGCGGAAAAGCGCGAACCGCGCCGAAAAUCGUGUCGCCGAGCGCACGGAUUUAUCGCGCGGCGCUCACGGCGCCCGUCCGCGCAGAAUCGAUUUAUUUUGUCGGCACGGUCUGCGCGGCGAACACGGUAGGUUAGUUGACCGCGGGGCCGAGCGAGCGCUGAGCUGACAGUAGGCCGGCGACGUCACAGUGGGCCGGUUCGAGCCUUCCUUCGUUCGAUUCAGGCAGGCUCCUCUAUUCGUUUUACAUGUAGCAAGCAGGGUUGCGGGGUGCAGUUCAGACAUGGGAAGUGAGCAUUACUGCCUGAGGUGGAACAAUCAUCAGAGCAACUUGCUGGGUGUGUUCAGUCAACUGCUGGAGUCGGAGUCGCUGGUGGACGUGACACUGGCGUGCACGGAGGGACCGUCGAUACGCGCACACAAAGUAGUCCUCUCCGCGUGCUCCAGCUACUUCCAGGCCCUGUUCCUCGACCACCCGAACCGUCACCCCAUAGUUAUCCUAAAGGACGUACGUUUCGCCGAGCUACGUACCCUCGUCGACUUCAUGUACAAGGGCGAGGUAAACGUCGAGUACUGCCAGCUAUCGGCCCUCCUCAAGACAGCGGAGAGCCUCAAGGUUAAGGGUCUAGCGGACAUGACGAACAUCAACGCGGCGGUAGCAUCUAGGGAAGAACAGCAGCAACAGCAACAACAACAGCAACAACAACAACAGCAACAGCACACAAGCACCUCUGACACAUCGCGGGAGCAUCAUCGAGAGCGAUCAUCGAGAGAGGAGCAUCAACGAGAAAGAGAGCGAGAGCGAGAGCGAGAACGAGAACGAGAUCGAGAACGAGAUCGAGAUCGGGAGAGCAUAAAGGAAACAAGCGGCAAGGAAAGGGAACGAGAGUCGAACGUCACCAGUGGAGUGUCGACCGGUGCCAAGGAAUGCGAGCAGCAGCAACAGCAGCAGCAGCAGCAAUCCAGCAGCAUCGUUGCGAGCACCCCGAGCGAAACCGCGGAGGCGGUGGACAUGACGGAUUGUCCGCCGUCACCGGCGGGGCCCGGUAGUCCUUGUCCGGGACCGUUAGCCCUCGAUCGACCCAGGAGGGACUCCGAGGAUGCGGCCAGCCUCGAAGAGACGAGGGCCGGCUCUCUCAGCCCGAUCUCGGUGCACAGCGGACCAUCCGACAUGAGCCUCAGCAACAAUACAGGCGGCGGCGCGCCCAGCGGUGUGCUGCCGUUAAACCUGCCGCAGAGCCGACUUCCGUCCCCGCACAGUACCGAGCCUCUCGCCGGCCCGUCGGGCUUACCCCCGGUCCAGCAAGUUCCGCUAUCGCUGAAAAAAGAAAUGGACUGGGAAAGGUCGACCGAGGAGCGCAGCGCGAGUAGCGAGAUAUCCGCCGACUACAGACUCCCGCCAGAUCCGGUCUCGCUUGCCCUUGGACUGGACGCGGGCGGAUGGGGUGCGCUGGUAGAGCGGACGAGCGGAGGCGCCGGCGGCGGCGGCAUCCUCGGCCACGGCGGCUUCACCGGGCUGGCCGGGUUGGCGCGUCGCUGCGGCGUCUGCCUGGCGACGUUCCCGUCGCCGUGGCUGCUGGAGCGGCACGCGUUGCUGCAGCACGCCGGGCAGACCAGCGACGAUAAGCCGUUCACCUGCGAGCAGUGCGGGCAGCGCUAUCGUUACCGGUCCGCCUACGUGAAGCACCGCGAGCAGAAUCAUCGCGCGCGGCUACCGGCGGACAAGCUCUUCACCUGCGACGUGUGCGGCAUGCAGUUCAGGUAUCUAAAGUCCUUUAAGAAGCAUCGGCUGAACCACGCGCUCGAGCGGCUGCAGCGGGCGCCCGAGCCGCAGAGCAGCGUCGUCGUCGUCUCGGCGCCGGCCGAGCGCAGCGACCAGGUCUCGAGUACCGGCGAGCCGUCCCAGGUAGAGACCGGCAGCGACACCACCACGAAUCCGGGCGACGCCGAGGAGAUGCGCGGGGUCUUCUCCGAGGGCGCGCGCGGCGACGAGAGCGUCUCGGAGACCGCGAGCGUCCAGGAGAACCCGGGCGACUCGGUGGAGGUGCAGAUGACGGAGGCCACCGUCGCCGGGACCAUCGCCGGCGGCGGCGGCGGCGGAGGUGGUGGCAGCGGUGGCGGCGGCACCAGCAGCGAAGCCGGCGACGUGGACGACAAUGUCGUCGAUGACGACCGGCACGAGCCGAGCGAGGCGUCGAUACUCAGCCUCGCGCGAACCGUCACUCGCGAGGCCGAUCGCCGCGAGCGGCGCUUCGCCUGCCCGUUCUGCGGCAAGUGCGUCAGGUCCAAGGAGAACCUCAAGCUUCACGUGCGCAAGCACACCGGCGAGCGGCCGUUCGUCUGUUUGUUCUGCGGUCGCGCCUUCGGCGGCAAGAGCGACCUGACCAGGCACCUGCGCAUCCACACCGGCGAGCGGCCGUAUCACUGCGAGAUGUGCGGCAAGUGCUUCGCCCGGGCUGACUAUCUUUCCAAGCACCUCACCACGCACAUCCACCAGCGCUAACGCGACCGUGACUCGGCUCACCCGCCUGCUCUUUCUCUUCCUCCUCCUUCGCGGAGGGGACGAGGAGCAGCGACGCGACGACGACGCGCCUCCUCUCCGGCGCGUCCUUCCGCGGCCGUUGCGGGGAGACUCGAGGACUGAUCUCACCGACUAUAACGUCUAACGUUAUACGUACACGUCAAUAAGGAGAAUGGGCGAAAUUAAUACGGACGUUAAUUCCCUCCCAAACGCACCCAGCUAUAUUCAGCCAACAUACAAGCCAGCUGUCGCACGUGGGAGCAAUAGCCGCGAAGAACGAGUAUCUGGCAGUUACGAAUUAUUUUCUCCCUCUUCUUCCCACGACGAAAGACAAAAAUUCGCUCUCGGAAGUGGAAGAGUGCCGCGAGGCGGUAACGGCAAUAAUCCUUGGCGCUGUUCAACUGACUUCGUUAAAGUCCGAAUCUCUUGGUACACUCGAUCAGAGACCUCGAGCCUCGCGCAACGGCGCACCGCCGCCACCCUUUGGAAGGCCCGUUCGUCUUCUCGCGAAGAGUGCGAGCCGCAGAUGAAACCGCUCCUACGACUCUUACCUAAGAAAAGGGAAGAAGGAGUCGCAAAAAGAGAGAAGGGAAGAGAAACGACGGACCGCCGAAUCUAUUCAUCGUCGCCGGCCCAACAAGACGCGUCAAUUACGAAGAUACUAGGGAGAAACGUAGUAAAUCGCGACCGCGCGCGAUCCCCAUUACUACUACCAGUACGUCUCUGACGAUGGUUUCUGCGCUACGAUAGUGAGACUAACUUGUGAUAAAGGAUAUGAAACCAAAAGGGGGAGAAAGAACGACAAAAAAAAAA